AUGACAGAUUCCAUCGAACGUCAGAGAUUCACAAAAUUCACAGAGAGCUUUCGAUGGGGAUAUUUCGAGCUAGAGCCUAUACUCGGCGGAGUCACUCGCACAUGUAUGUUCAACGAUUGGGACGCCCCUGACGAGCUGGCACGAUUCGACGUGAUCUUAAAGAGCGAUAUGGAAGAUCGAUAUUGGCAAUGCAUCGAAAUCCAAGAAAAACAACGAACUACUCACGCAGUAAAAACCGUCGUUCGAGCACGACUCAUACUCCCUCGACACGGUCGAAGCACGCUCGAAGCACGGGAAGAUUGGAAAGAAAUCCUGCUCAAGGCUUUCGAUCACCAGAUGAAUUGGGCAAAGAAUGAUGGGUUCAGAGUCAGAUGGGAUGUCGAUUAUGUGCUCAAGGCGAUGGCGAAGUUGGGGCCUGCAGGAGAGGACCCGGUGCUUGAGAAGCCGGCUUGGACGGAGUUGUUGGGGUAUGCGAUUAAGAUUGAUGGUUCUCCUGACGAGGCGACUUUUAGUUUGGGAAGGCUGCCAGAAUAUGGUUCACCAGAGACUCAAUUGCCGGUUGUGCUGGUGACUUAUACGGCGCAUAUUGCGAAUUGGAAGGAACUUUCUUGGCCGGAUAUUGCGGAGGAACUGAGGAAUACGAUAGAAAGUAUGAUUGGUAGAUCAUUAUAA